AUUCGUCCGAUUCGGCAAGCGAGGCUGACGGCGCGGAAGAAGCAGACGGCGCGGAAGAAGCAGACGGCGCGGAAGAAGCAGACUGCGCGGAAGAAGCAGACGGCGCGGAAGAAGCAGACGGCGCGGAAGAAGCGGACGGCGUGGAAGGAGCAGACGGCGCGGGAGAAACAGACGGCGCGGAAGAAGCAGACGGCGCCAUCCCGAUGGCGCGGGAUGGUGAGAGGGAGGAAGUGGCGGAAGAAGGGCGCGACGGAGAGAGCAAGGAUGCGGGAGGAAAUUGCUCGCCGGUAAGGAUGCGCGGAGGCGGUGCGAAGCGUCACGGGAACAUGACGACAGGGCGUUCGCCGGAAGACAUGCGCAGGGGAAGCGUGAGGCGCUGCGGAAGCACGGAUGCAAACGGAUUGGCAGACGAAGGGCGUGAAGAGGGCGCGAGGCACCGCGGGGGCGCGAAUGCAGACGGGUUGGCAGACGAAGGGCGCGGGGGCGCGGAUGCAGAUGGUCGCUCGCCGGACGAUCUUCGGGAGGACAGCAGGAAAAACCAUGCGCCAACGGGACGGUACAGCUCGCCUGAGCUGCGAGGACGUGGGAGGAGACGCGUGGCGAUGGCCGCGCGGCGAUCGCCAGAGGUGCGGAGGGAGCAGUAUGAGCGAGGGAGAGUGGCAGGUCAACGGGGGCCUGCUGUUUGGGGGAGAGAGAGAGAGAGAGAGAGAGAGAGAGAGUUGAGGAGCAACGUGGGCGACGGGAGAGUAAGCCAGAGGAAGAACGGGGCAGACGAGCAGGUCCGGACGGGGAGCGAGGGGAUUGUGAGGAAAGAGAUGGGUGGUGCUCACCAGAGAGAGGAGGGGGGCGUGAGGAGGGACGCAUCAGGGAGGGUGCACGACGAUCGCUGGGCGCAACAAGGGCAGAAGAAAGGGGGAGAGGGAACCGACGGCGGCGGGAAGACGUGGAGCGAGAAAGGCGGUAUCAGGAGCACUCGCAUGAUGGGAAGGAAAGGCGGUGGGACGGAGCAGAGAAGCGGAGAGCGGCUUACGAGAGAGAGCGAGGAAGGAGUCCGAGUACAAGGGGCCCGAGGGGGCGAUGGCAAUCAGGAGGAGGAUCCGAAGGAGCCAGAGCGGCCAGAGAGGGGACAGAACGGGCGCUACAUGUGGCUGUGCAGUGGGGGAAGGGAUAUACGAAGGGAGCUAGUGAGUAAGGUGGGGGCAUGGGCGUGUAAGUCAGUAACACCAGCAGCAGCGGGAGCAGAGGAGCAGGACGAGCAGGCGGGGGCAGGAGCGUGCGUACCAGCAGCAGCGGGAGCGGAGGAGUGGGAUGAGCAGGUGGGGUCAGAAGCGUACGUAUCAGCAGCAGCGGGAGCGGAGGAGCGGGAUGAGCAGGUGGGGGCAGAAGCGUGCGUACCAGCAGCAGCAGGAGCGAAGGAGCGGGAUGAGCAGGUGGGGGCAGAAGAGUGCGUCCCAGCAGCAGCAGGAGCGAAGGAGCGGGAUGAGCAGGUGGGGGCAGAAGCGUGCGUGCCAGCAGCAGCAGGAGCGGAGGAGCGGGACGAGCAGGUGGGGGCAGAAGCGUGUGCAUUAGCAGCGGCGGAAGCGGGAGGGAAGAACGAGAAGGUGGGGGCAUGGUCGGGUGUACCAGUGGCAGCAGAAGCGGAAGGGAGGGAAGGGAAGGUGGGGGCACAGGCGGGCAUGACAGCAGUAGCGGAAGCGGAAAGCGGGGCAGUGAAGGUGGGGGCACAGGCGGGCAUGACAGCAGUAGAGGAAGCGGAAAGCGGGGUAGUGAAGGUGGGGGCACAGGCGGGCAUGACAGCAGUAGCAGAAGCGGAAAGCGGGGCAGUGAAGGUGGGGGCACAGGCGUGCAUGACAGCAGUAGCGGAAGCGGAAAGCGGGGCAGUGAAGGUGGGGGCACAGGCGUGCAAACCAGAAGUAGCAGAAGCGGCAGGGAGGGAAGAGAAGGAGAGAGCACAGGCGUGCGCAGCAGCAGCAGCGGAAACGGAAGAGGAAAGGAAAGAAGAGAAGCUGGGGGGCACAGGCGUGUGCAGUAGCAGCACCAGAAGAGGAAGGGAAAGAAGCGAGGUUGGGGGCACAGGCGUGUGCAGUAGCAGCAGCAGAAGAGGAAGGGAAAGACGAGAAUUUGGGGGGCACAGGCGUGUGUAG